UGAUGAAUUUACGGCCGAAUACUGAAACGCCACUCAAAUCUCAAACUCAUCUAAUUGCAACUUAAAGAUAAGCAUCCCGUAAAUUUAACUGCUAUACACAAACGCCACUCAAGCAAUUUGAAACCGUGAUUAGGCAAGCAGUCCUCAAAUGUUUACAUAAUGGCAACAUCCUGCUAGAAAAAUUGUAAUCAGCAUGUUCUCUAUUACAAAAUAAUUUAGGUCACGUCUUGUAUUCGUUUUACGCAGUCUUGUUUGAAUGAAUAUGAAUAUAUCUAUAAAUUAUUUGAAAUGUAUCAGCAUAAUGUAAUUAUGGUUUGAAUUACUAUUGAAAUUAUAUGUCUUUUUACGUAAAAAUAAGUUAAAUAUUUAUUUAAGACGUCUUAAAAAAAGAAAAUUUUCUGGAUACGUUUGACGUAGAUUGGAACGUCAAGUGUCAUUUCAUCGUCAAGUGUAAUGACAUUGUUACGCGCGAUAAUUUAAACAUUUCAUUAGUGGAGUGAAUUUCAGUUGACCAUUAUUUUAUUAUUAAAAUCCUAAUAACUGAUUCACGAUGGAGGAUAAGAAGAAACGUGGAUCUAAUUAUACACCUGCUGAGAAAGAUAUGCUCUUGGAAGUGAUAAAAAAAUAUCAAAAUAUUAUUGAGAACAAAGAGACCAACGCUCACAUGAUACUGAAGAAGCGAGAGGCUUGGGAAACAGUAUGCCAGCAGUAUAAUACUGUUGCUGUGAGCGGCUCCAGAACCUGGCAACAGCUACGUCACCUCUAUGAGAACCUCAAACAGAGGUCUAAAAAGAACAUAGCUAAGGCAAAUCGGCUUCAGUACUAUGAGACCACUGACAGCAUGAGAGAUGUGAAAACAAAGGCAUCAUUAGAUAAGAAAGAAAUUAAUCGUACUGGUGGUGGAGCAUACAAAAGUGUAUUGACAGAACAAGAUGCACAAAUUCUAGCCAUGGUUGCUCCUCAAAUUCAACCAUUACCUAAUCCCUAUGAUGAUGCUGCAGCAUAUUUUGGAGAUACAGAACCAGAAGUAACAAUAGACAGUUAUACGAAAAAAACUGAUAGCGGAAUUAAAUCCUCUUCUGAAGUAGAAAUAAUCCAAAUCUUGGAUGACCAAUACAUAGCCAUGGCAAACAAGAAUACAGCAGAAAAUAACAAACCUUGUACAGUUACAUCAAUAAAUACAGCUGAUGACCAACAAGCUGCAACAAUCAUCAUACCCCAAGAAAAAAGCAUGCAUCCAACAUCAUCCUCAGCUGGACAAUUGAAGACAUUGAAACCUACACAUACUACAGUGAAACAGCAAUAUUUUCGGACAAAACUUAGAAAUGCCAAAUUAGAAACCAAACACCUCAUGAACAAGAGCAAAAUGAAAAUGAAUCUGUACAAAAUAAAAAUGCAGUUUUGGAAAUUGAGACUACAGAAACUAAAAUCUAAAUCUUAAUAAACCUAUAUUUAAGUGGAAAAAUGUGUAUUUAUUAAAUUGGUCCUUACUAUGAA